AUGGAUAUAGACUUCAGAUAUUUUAUGCAAACCUAUGUCUCGGAGUUCAUCUCAUUCCUCACACCCGUCACACUAUUCUUCAAUUGUAUCACUUAUUUGAAUCAAAUUAUUCACAAUAAUUACUGUCAACUCAUCGAUGCGUCGAUUAAGACUUCUUUAUGGCAUUUUAUAUACUACAUUCACGUGGAGUACAAAUACCUAAACUAUUUGAACGGAACGCCUAAUGCAGAGACCAACUCAAUGGCCAUAUAUUCGUGUCGUACCGGCAAUGAGACGGACAUUGAGUUAAGAGGAGAUAAUAAGAGAGUCUGUAUUAAAGGCUUUUGGAGCGGUUCUCAACCUAAAUGUCUUAAGAAAGGCACGGAUUUGCAUAACUCGAGUGAUUACCAAAGAUUUAUCAUAUCAAUGUUGGUGUCCUUUCUCAUUGGCGCCUCAUUUAUCGGAUUAAUUGUCUUCUUAGUCAUGAAAUAUGUGGUGAAUGUAAGACACAGAAGGGCUGAACUAAGUAUCCCAUCAGUGGUUGUGAGUGAACCCAACCAUUACUACGAGAGAAACGCUUAUGAAGAAUACAGAUAUGAAUCCAUAAGAAUGAAUGCAUUGGAGUUCUUGGAGUUGGAAAGGAUUAACUCAUUAUAUCAAUCAAACAAUGGAUAA